UGGCAGAUCUUCCCCAUUCUGAGUCGAAUUGAAAGAGUAGAAGAAACAUGAACCGUCUGAGUUUGUUGUUUGUGCUCGUUGGAGCGGUCGCCGUCUUCGGCACCACUCUCCCAGCGGAAUUCCUUGAAUGGGAAGGUCGUAUCGUCGGUGGCCAGAAUGCCAACCCCGGACAGUUCCCGCACCAGGUUUCACUUCGUUCAUCUGCCAACGCUCACUUCUGCGGUGGUUCGAUCGUCAACACCCGUUAUGUUUUGUCAGCUGCUCACUGCUCCCUUAACCACUUUUCUAACGACACUCGUGUAGUCGUCGGAGCUAACCUGUUGACCAGCGGUGGCAUUACUCACUAUUCGACUCGCUUCAUCAUCCACCAAUCGUACAACAAAAUAACUUACGCCAACGAUAUUAUGCUGGUGCAGACCGCUCCGCCUAUCGCAUUCAAUAACUUUGUUCGACCAAUUGCUCUGGGAGCUACCUACAUUACCACUGGCAGAAGUGCUCUGGUUUCCGGCUGGGGUAAAUUGGUAGCAAAUGGCAAAAACUCAAACAAUCUGCAAUGGCUGAACACCACAAUCAUCACUAUGGCUGACUGCCGUAACCGUUUCGUUUUCAAGCCUGCCUACGCUGCCCGUGUCAUCGACAACACCAUCUGCACGCUGAACCCAAGCGGUCAGGGUACGUGCAUGGGAGAUUCCGGCGGUCCAUUGACCUAUGGACGCUACCUGCAGGGAGUCGUGUCAUGGGGUAUUCCCUGCGGUCAGGGAUAUCCUGAUGUAUAUGCUCGUGUUUCUUUCCACCGUAAAUGGAUCUUGGAAAACGCCGUUUAAAUUGCGAUGACCUGAUCUUUUGUUAUUGUUGUGAUAAUAAAUGAUG